UCGCCUCUGGUCGGCUCGGAGAGGUGAUUCAACUGCUUCUGGGAGUUCCGAACAGGCCGGAACCGCAGGAAAGCCUGCUGAUACCAAGGUACCACUUGAAGGGAGCUUGCCAGUUCGGUGCGAACUGCUCCUUCGCGCACUCUUGUGCUGAGCUUCAGGCGACGCCAGAUUUGCGAAAGACGCGGCUUUGCGCCAAUUUUUUUGAGGGUGGAGGAUGCACGGAUGCGGAGUGUACCUUUGCUCACAGUGAAGAUGACUUGCGGUCCACCGACAUGUUCUACAAGAAGACCCUGUGCAUUUGGAACGAGAAGGGCAAAUGCCGCAAUGGAGAUCAGUGCCGAUUUGCCCAUGGUCUUGGGGAGCUCCGGCUCAACCAAAAACCAGUGGAACAAAUCUCUGUGGCACCGCAGGAGAAACGAAGGGAGGCCGAGAAGAGCGGAACCAGGGCCGUCCGUGCGGCCGAGAAGUCGGAGUCAGUGAAGGAAGUCAAGGCUGAGAAAGAUGCCUUGAACGUGGACGGGGACAUGGGGCGCCAAGUGAGUGACACAAGCCAAGUGACCACUGCAAGUGCGGGACUGAGAGAAUCCGUGGUGACUACAGAUUUUCUUCAAUGUUGA